AUGGAGAUGCCGAACCAUGGUGCGAAAGAGGCAUCUGUGCAUGAGGAUGUCAAUGUGAAGGCCACAAAGGUCGAUGAUCCCACCAAGAUAGAGCUCGAGCAGAUUGAAAACGCCGCUGAAUUGGACCAGGCUAUGCUUCUGGCUAAUGAGGCGGAACACAGCUUGAAAUUCUGGCAAGCCGUUCAACGAUACCCAAUGGCGACCUUAUGGGCAGCUCUUAUGUCGUUCACCAUCAUUAUGGAAGGGUACGACACUAUCCUUAUCAUCAACUACACAUCUUACCCCCCGUUCGUCGAACGCUUUGGCACCUACUACCCUUCGCUUGAUGCCAAAGUGAUUCCAGCACCGUGGCAAUCGGCCUUGUCUGUUGCCGGUUUCGUAGGAGCCGUAUUUGGACUCUUACUCAACGGCUACCUCACAGAACGUUUCGGGUAUCGCAAGGUCAUGCUCUCUUUCCUUUUCGCAUUGACGGGGACUAUCUUCAUUCCCUUCUUUGCGCAAAAUCUUGCAACCUUGACCGCGGGAAUGGUGAUUUGUGGCAUCCCCUGGGGCGUCUUCGCCAUGCAAGGGCCAUCUUACGCAUCAGAGGUGGUCCCGCUUCCCCUUCGCGGCGUUAUGACCUCUCUGGUGAAUCUCUGUUGGGUGCUCGGUCAGCUCAUUGCUGCAGGCGUCCUCCAGGGGCUUGUCAACGACAUCUCAGACCGUGGAUGGAGACUUCCAUUUGGACUCAUGUGGAUCUUCAUUCCGCUCAUGCUGGCUGUGGGCUUCUUUGCCCCGGACUCUCCCUGGUGGCUCGUACGAAAAGGUCGCCUAGCCGACGCCGAACAAGCCCUGCGACGACUUCAAGGCAAGGACACGCCUGAACAGAUCAGACUGAAACUCGCCAUGAUCGUGCAUACCAACAAAUUGGAACAAGCCAUGCAAACCCAGACGAGCUUCUGGCACUGCUUCAAAGGUGUCAACCUUCGUCGCACGGAGAUUGCUUGUAUCAUGGUGGCUGGUCAGGCACUCUCUGGACAAGUCUUUGGCGCGACCAAUGUCUACUUUUUUGUGCAGGCCGGCUGGGUGCUUCCAGCGCCUACAAGAUGA